GUGAACUACCUCAAGUCAAAGAACUUCAGUUCAGAGACGGUUGCGUCCAUGGUGUCCAGAGCUCCUUAUCUGCUCAACUUCAGCGUGAACAGGCUGGACAACAGAUUGGGUUUUUAUCAGCAGCAACUUAGCCUCAGUGCUAACAAUACACGGAAUAUUGUAGCUCGUCUUCCCAGGUUACUGUGUGGCAGUUUGGAGCCCGUUAAAGAAAACUUAAAGGUGUGUGAAAUAGAGCUUGGCUUUAAGAGAAACGAGAUCCAGCACAUAGUUCUCGCUGUGCCCAAACUUCUGACUGCCAAUAAAAGGAAGCUGACAGAGAUAUUUGACUUCAUCCACAACACCAUGAAAGUACCCCACCACCUUAUCACCAAGUUCCCACAGGUCCUCAAUUCCAAGUACUUGCGCCUCAGAGAGCGCCACCUGUUCCUCGAGUAUCUUGGAAAAGCUCAGUAUGAUCCAACCCUGCCCAACUACAUCUCUCUGGACCGCUUGGUGUCUUUGCCAGAUGAGACGUUUUGCACUGAGUUGGCUUUGGCCACACUGGAAGAUUUUUAUUUAUUCCAAAAGACACUUUGAUUUUUCACCAACAGCCACAUAAGUUAUGUGCCAACAUUAAAAUAUAAACAUGGAGCAUCAAAA